AUGUUGUUACGAUUACGAGGGCCGGAUGGCAUGAUCCGGAUUAGUAUCGAGAAAACCGAUUCUUUCGCAGAGCUUGGUCGUCAGCUCGUGGCGCAAUUGCCCCCAACCGUCGACCCGAAUAGCAUUAGCAUGUCCCCAGAUCCGCAGGCCAAAGACUCGAAGAAACUGAUAGACAUUGCACAAUUUAAGCUGGCGCAAAUUGGGUUAAGCCACGGAGAUUUGAUAUUUAUCAACUACCAACAUCAGAACGUCGCUAACGGCCACACGAAUGGGGCGCCCACGCCCUCCAGCACUUUAUCCUCGACCAACAGAUUAAAUGGGAAACCCAUCCUACCUACAGAGGAUCUACCGGUCGACCCGCCGCCGCUAACAUCACCUACGAAAAUCAUCAAGAAUCCUUGGGAAGUGGUGAGGCAGUCGCCGCUCGAUGACCGGUUAGAUAGACAGGAUGGGAAGAUUCCUCGAGGUCGAGACCGGAUGUGCAAGCAUGGACCCAAAGGCAUGUGCGACUACUGCAUGCCCCUCGACCCUUUCAACGCACAAUACCUCACCGAUAAAAAGAUCAAGUACCUAUCAUUCCAUUCAUAUCUCAGGAAGAUCAAUUCGGCAACGAACAAACCCGAGUUAGGGAGCUCAUUCAUUCCACCCCUAAAGGAGCCGUAUUUCAGAGUUAAGAGGGACUGUCCUUCAGGUCACCCGCAAUGGCCCGAAGGCAUCUGCACAAAGUGUCAGCCCAGCGCCAUUACGCUCCAGCCGCAAACUUUCCGCAUGGUCGACCAUGUCGAAUUUGCUUCGUUUGAGCUUGUCAAUUCUUUUAUUGACGCGUGGCGGAAAACUGGUGCACAACGGAUUGGUUACCUGUAUGGCCGCUAUGCCGAAUACUCGGAAGUGCCCCUCGGCGUUAAGGCGGUUGUCGAAGCUAUAUACGAGGUACCACAGAUAGACGAGGUUGAUGGGGUAUCGUUAAACGCCUGGGAAAACGAAACCGCUGUGAACGAGGUCGCCAAGUUAUGCGGUCUUGAGCAGGUUGGGAUUAUCUUUACAGACUUACUCGAUGCAGGUACAGGUGACGGAAAGGUCAUAUGCAAGCGGCAUGCCGAUUCAUACUAUCUCAGCUCUCUAGAGGUUUGUUUUGCAGGGCGUUUACAGGCUCAACAUCCCAAGCCAACCAAAUGGAGCGAUACAGGGAGAUUCGGUUCUAACUUCGUUACAUGCAUCAUCUCGGGCGAUGAGACAGGUCAGAUCGCUAUUUCAUCAUACCAGGUAUCAAAUGAUGCUGUGGAAAUGGUGCGGGCAGAUCUCAUUGAACCCUCGGCUGACCCCAGUGUCAUGCUUGUGCGAGAGGAGGAAGAAGACGACGGCUCGACGAGCCGGACGCGAUAUAUCCCAGAGGUAUUCUAUCGGAAGAUUAACGAGUAUGGCGCAAAUGUGCAAGAGAAUGCCAAGCCGUCAUUCCCUGUUGAAUAUCUCUUUGUAACACUAACACACGGUUUCCCCGCGGAACCCAAGCCUCUAUUCAACACUUCCAUCUUCCCUAUCGAGAAUCGUGAGGCUUUGGGAGAAAGCCAGGAAAUAACAUCAGUUGCUAAGACUCUUCGUACCUCCGAUGAUAAGAAGCUCGCAUCUCUUUCGGAUUUCCACCUCCUCAAUUUCAUACAUGGAAUAGGCGUGCUGUCGAAGGAAGAGGAAGCGCUCCUUUGUCGCGCGGCUACAACGCACGACCUCGCCGACACGUACCAACUCUUCUCCCAGCCGGGCUGGCAGACUCUGGAAACCAUUCUACAAGAGACUGGUGAGAAAUCCCCCAAAAGAAUAAACAAGCGCCUUCGUCGUUCAAGUGACGAGGGGGGCCAAGCGCAUAGCGACGAAGCAUCUUCCGCCUCAUCAUCGUCUUCGUCCCGCCCCAGUAGAUCAUCCAGUGGACCGCUUGCUAAGCGUUUUGCUGCCGUUAGGCUGAACGAACGAAAUUCAAACACCCCCUUUUACGAUCGCUCCCGGUUCGAAGAUAUAUAA